AAAAAAAAAAUGAAAAAAGAGAGAAAACAAAAUUGUAAAAAAAAAAAAAAAAAAAUGUAUUUUCUCUCACCCAAAUUCUCAUUUCUCAGAUUCACUUUCCAUUUUCAUUUCUCCUUUUUCCCUUAACUUCCUUUUUCUGGUUCUUCAAAUCACUAUUUUAUAGUAUUACAUUCUCAUUUAACACACACAAUUUCGAUUUUCAUUUCAAAUUCCUUUCAUUUUUCUAUUUUUUUUGGGUAAUUGAAAUUCUCGUAGCAGGAGAACUAACUCUCUGGAACAUUCCUAAUUCCUAUGAAAUGGCAUUGAAAAGGGGAUUAUUAGUGUUGUGUUCAUUCUUUGCUACGUUGAUUUUCUUUGUGGGCCAUGGCUUGUACAGCUCUACUUCAAUUGAUUAUAAUGAUUUUUCAACUACUCCAAGAAAACAGGAUUUGGAUUGGAGCGAGAGGCUUACUUUGUUCCAAGCAGAUGAUCGUUCCCAGUUUUUGGAUACACCUGCUAUUUUGGCCAGAAGGCAAUUGAGAGAGAGGAAACGUGAAAAGCGUGCUGCUGCUUUAGUGAAACAGGAUGAUGAUGUAACUGUGAACCUUGAAAAUGCUGCCCUUGAACGCUCCAAUUCAGUUGACUCUGCUGUGCUGGGGAAAUAUAGCAUAUGGAGGAAAGAGAAUGAAAAUGAGAAUACUGAUUCAAAGGUACGCUUGAUGCGAGACCAAAUGAUUAUGGCAAGGGUGUAUAUAAGCAUUGCAACAAUGAAGGAAAAGCGUAGCUUGGCUCACGAGUUACAGAAACAGCUUAAAGAAAGUCGGCGUGCUCUAGGUGAAGCAAUAUCUGAUGCUGAUCUAUCUCGCAGUGCACAUGAGAAGAUUAAAUCAAUGGGCCAAGUGCUUUCCAAAGCCAAAGAGCAACUCUAUGACUGCAAGCUUGUCACGGAGAAGCUUAGAGCAAUACUGCAGACUGCAGAUGAGCAAGUUAGAAGUUUAAAGAGGCAGAGCACAUUUUUGAGCCAAUUAGCUGCAAAGACCAUUCCAAAUGGCAUCCACUGCUUAUCCAUGCGUCUGGCUAUUGAUUAUUACCUCCUCCCUCCUGAAAAAAGAAAGUUCCCUAGAAGUGAGAAUCUGGAAAAUCCUAGCCUUUUCCAUUAUGCCCUGUUCUCUGACAAUGUUUUGGCUGCUUCAGUUGUUGUCAACUCAACUAUCUUGAAUGCUAAGGAACCAGAAAAACAUGUAUUUCAUCUUGUCACUGAUAAGUUGAACUUUGGAGCUAUGAAUAUGUGGUUCUUAUUGAACCCUCCUGGAAAAGCUACAAUCCAUGUUGAAAAUGUCGACGAGUUCAAGUGGCUUAAUUCUUCAUACUGUCCUGUCCUGCGGCAGCUAGAGUCUGCUGCUAUGAAGGAGUACUAUUUCAAGGGUUCACAUUCCACCUCAGUAUCAGCUGGUUCUUCUAAUUUGAAGUACCGGAACCCCAAAUAUCUUUCAAUGCUAAAUCACCUUAGAUUUUAUCUCCCUCAGAUUUAUCCCAAAUUGGAUAAAAUCCUUUUUCUGGAUGAUGAUAUUGUUGUUCAGAAAGACUUGACAGGUCUGUGGUCGGUAAAUCUUCACGAAAAAGUGAAUGGUGCUGUUGAAACAUGUGGUCAGAGUUUUCACCGUUUUGACAAGUAUCUAAAUUUCUCAAAUCCUCAUAUUGCCAAAAACUUCGAUCCGAAUGCUUGUGGGUGGGCAUAUGGGAUGAACAUUUUUGAUCUUAAGGAGUGGAAGAAGAGAGACAUAACUGGUAUAUAUCACAAGUGGCAAAACAUGAAUGAAGACAGGGUCCUGUGGAAGCUAGGGACACUACCUCCAGGGCUAAUGACAUUCUAUGGGCUUACACAUCCAUUGGAUAAGUCGUGGCAUGUUCUAGGUUUGGGUUACAGCCCAAGCAUUGAUAGGUCAGAAAUAGAGAAUGCCGCUGUGAUACACUACAACGGGAACAUGAAACCAUGGCUAGAGUUGGCAAUGGCAAAAUACCAGUCAUACUGGACCAAAUAUAUUAAGUUUGAUCAUCCAUACAUUCGCAGCUGCAAACUAGGUGAAUGAAGGAGUGAUGAAUUCUAAAGGUGCAGUUUGGUCUGCUCUGCAUGUGCAUAGUCACAUUUUCGUCAUCGGCUAAUGACAAAAGAGCUUCCAUAUACAACUAUUCUCUUGUCUCCGCUAUGCAACAUCCCGUGAUUCGUUAUUCUUCACUGUGUUCACUUGUAUUCAUCGUUCUGUUCUGAUGACUGCUGCCUUUUUCCCCAGUAACCAACCUUUUCCGCAUGAAGAUGUAUGACUAGGGUGAAGGAAAGUUUGUAAUGUUCUGAAUCACAGUAUAUUCUUUGAACAAUAACUAGUCUCUAUUGUUUGAACUAAAUUUAAGUGGUUCUUGCAAGACUAACCACUAAGAUCUUGUAUUUCGCCUUUCUGCAGUUGAAGGAAUAUAGUUUCUCCUUAUGUUUCAUGA